AUGGGUCAUUCGCUCAAGGGUCGAUACUUUUAUCGUUGCUAUUCUUCCGCUAGUGCCGGUGCACUGAGAUGUGGAAAGUACGACGAUGCCCCCAAUAAGCUGUCGCACCACGAACUACUUCAUGAAUUUGCAAAUCACAGAAUCCGAACUAAGAAAGUUCCCACUGCACUCGUCUCUGUCACCGUUCGACCCCUUGAAGCCCUCCAACGUGCCUUAGCGAAAUUUUACACUCCACAGGAAUAUGCGGAGGGCCCAAAAGAGAUAUGGAUUGCGAUAUUGUUUGUUCCGGAUGAUGCCAAAAUAAAGCCUCACCGGGCCUGUGAACUUGCACAACAGUCCACAGGAAGCAAAAAUACCGAUGUUUUCAAAUAUGAAUAUCUUUUCGAACGAGAAAUCCCGAAAGCUUACGUGAAGCACAACGUCUCGCUCGAAAAGCUGCUCGAAGGUGGACUAAGCGUGAAAAGCUUCCUCGACGCUGACAAAAACUUUCCCAGCACUCUGAGAAGUUUGCAGAGAUUAGUAAUGAGAGAAUUGCUGGAUGGGGACGCAUACGGUGUUGGUCGUUGGCUAGGUGGCAUCGCACGAGCCUUCGGUAUCGGAGCACCAUUUUACGAAAUCGCCCAUAAUAUACUUUCAGAUUGCCUUAAGCGCUUCAGCUGCAUCGACGAGGAUCAUCAGUAUGGCUAUUUUCAUUGGGUGGAUGAUUAUGGAAACGUUGAAUUGUGUGGUGGUAUUGAGUUUGCAAGCAUAUGUGACAUUGAAGACGGAAUUAAAGAUGAAUUCGAUUCCUGGCUUGGCCUUUGA